AAAGUUCUUCAGAAAUAAAUUCUUUUUUUUCCACUUUAAUUUUAGCCUUUUAAUAAAAAUAAAUAAAUGAAUUUCCCUUUUUGUUAACUUAAACACACACACUCACUCAUCACUCUGCCACCACUUUCUCUUUCUAAAAUCAGGCGCCAGUCGCCUGAAAAACCCCUCCCGCCACCGUCAUGGGCUGCACCGCCUCAAAGUUAGGCAACGAAGACUCCGUCAGACGCUGCAAGGAACGACGUCGUCUUAUGAAAGACGCCGUUUACGCCCGCCACCACCUCGCCGCCGCUCACUCCGACUACUGCCGUUCCCUUAAAGCCACCGGAUCCGCCCUCACCACCUUCGCCGCCGGCGAACCUCUCUCCGUCGCCGACCAGACCCCCGCCGUCCUCCUCCCCACCCGUCCCACCUCCUCCUCCUCCACCGUCAAACCUCCUUCAUUUCAUCCCUACCAAACACCGCCACCACCUCCGCCGGUUCGGGCGACGGCGCCGUCGCCGGCACCGACGUCUGUUUCCCGAUCUGCAUCCGUUUCAGAACCAAAACUCCCGCCGAUACUCACCGCCGCGCCUCGCCGGACCGCCUCCGUGAACCACCAUGACCGUCGUCCUAACCCUAACCCUAAAUCUAAAGCUAAACCUAAACCUAAACCUAAACCUACAAUAAAACUGCCUCAUAUUCUUUCUGAAUCUAGUGAAGCUUCAUAUUCUCCUCACAAAUCUCAACAUAACUACAGUUAUAAUAAUAAUAAUAAUCCGGAUAGUUAUAAUUACACUUACAAUGCUCAAGCAAAUUACGCAUCAACACCUUCACAAGCAUCCUCCGUUUGGAAUUGGGAGAAUUUCUACCCUCCGUCACCACCAGAUUCCGAAUACUUCAAUCGUCGUCAACCGAAUUUCGAAUCAGAAGACGACAAAUCGUCUAUUUAUUCCGGUUACAAUCAACACAAAAAUCAUCGUGAAAAUCAUAGCGAAAUCAAUGAAGAUAAGCGCUCAGUUUAUUCAACUUAUUCUCAGAAGAAUCAUCAUCCGAAAAUCCAUACACGUCAGCAACAAGAAUCAGAAGAAGAAGAUGAGUACAGCAGUCACCAUCUGGAAUCGGAAGAUACGGAAGAUGACGAUGAGAGAGAUGAGAGAGUAGAAAUUGAGGAGAGAGAAGAGGUGCAGUGUAGCGAAUGGGAUCAUUAUAGUACCACCAGCUCAACAUCUGAUGAUGAUGAGGAAAUUGAUAGGGAUUCCAGAUCUGAAAUGGAGAGUAGAUCUAAUUUCGGAUCAUCGGUUCAUAACGAGUCGGUGGCUCCACCGCCUUCUGUGUUUAACUCUGUUCCGAAAUCGAAGUUUGAUCCGAUGAGGGGAUCUGAGAAGAGUAGAUCCGAAAAGUCUUUUAAAGCCGAGUCGUCAGAGAGCUGGAAAACGGGGCAACAUGAGGAUAAUUCGGAUAUGAGGAUGGUGAUUAGGCAUCGGGAUUUGACGGAAAUUGUUGCUUCUAUUAAAGAGUAUUUUGAUAAGGCGGCUGAUGCCGGUGAACAAGUCUCGGAGAUGCUGGAAACCGGUCGAGCCCAGCUUGAUCGGAGUUUUCGCCAAUUGAAAAAAACGGUGUAUCAUUCAAAUGGGGUAUUGAGUAAUUUGAGCUCAAGCUGGACAUCGAAACCACCAUUGGCGGUCAAGUACCGGUUCGAACCCGGUUCAAUUGGUGAACCAGGUGGGUCAAAGAGUCUCUGUUCAACUCUGGAGCGGCUCUUGGCUUGGGAGAUGAAACUAUACCAAGAAGUGAAGGCAAGAGAAGGAGUUAAAAUCGCGCAUGAGAAGAAGUUAUCUACACUGCAGAGCCAGGAGUACAAAGGGGAAGAUGAAAGUAAAUUGAACAAAACAAAAGCGUCAAUAAAGAAACUGCAGUCGUUAAUAGUGGUUACAUCCCAGGCUGCCUCAACCACCUCUACCGCCAUUGUUGGGCUACGAGAUUCCGAGCUUGUUCCACAGCUUAUUGAACUUUGUCACGGGUUUAUGUACAUGUGGAGAUCUAUGAACCAAUGCCAUGAAGUCCAAAACAAUGUUGUUCAACAAGUCCGGGGUCUAGUCAACCAGUCAACCAAAGGCGAGUCAACUUCUGACCUCCACCGUCAAGCCACUCGUGAACUUGAAGCGGCGGUGUCCGCCUGGCACACUAGUUUCUGCCGCCUUAUAAAAUUCCAAAGAGAUUUCAUCAAAUCUCUCCAUGGAUGGUUCAAACUCAGUCUUCUUCCCACCAACUCUGAUGAAGUAAACAUCAACAGCUCACAAGCAUCGGAUGUUUACUUAGUUUUCGAUGAAUGGAAACUAGCCCUUGAUCGUGUACCCGAUACGGUGGCAUCUGAAGCGAUUAAAAGCUUCAUAAACGUUGUCCACUCGAUUUCUUUAAAACAAGCAGAAGAAAAGAAAGUGAAAAAACGGACCGAGUCAGCGUCAAAGGAGCUCGAGAAAAAAAUGUCGUCUUUAAGAAGCAUAGAGAAGAAAUACUACCAUUCUUACUCCAUGGUCGGGCUCGGGCUCCCGGGCAGCGAGCAGGACAACGGGCAUGGUUUGGACACGCGGGACCCGCUUUCUGAGAAAAAGGCUGAACUCGUGGCGUGUCAGAGACGCGUUGAGGAUGAAAUGGUAAGGCAUUCAAAGGCGGUUGAGGUAACAAGGGCUAUGACUUUAAACAACAUCCAAACGGGUUUGCCCGGUGUCUUUCAAGCUAUGACAAGCUUUUCGGGUUUGAUAAUGGAGGCACUUGAUGGUGUUUGCAACAAAUCUUAUGCCGUUAAAUAGCUCUUUUACUGUUUUAAAAGAAGUUUUGAUUAUAAUUUCAUAGAAUCAUACAUAUAUCUAUCUACAUGGGGCGUGCUAUUCCGAACCAAUUUUAGUCGAGAAACAAUGAGAAUUUCUGAAAUUAAAAUUGAUUCUGUAAUGUACGCCCCUAUGUAUGGAAUUGGUGGCAAGAGGGGCUAAAGAUUUGAAUUUUUGAAGGGGGUAUUGGGAUAUAUUAAAAUGUAGAUAUAAAUGUGGGGAAUUUUUGAGUUCUUUUUGUUGGGAAGAAAAAGACUAUAGUUCCCUGUACAGGCAGGCAGGCAAAGUUGGUUUGUAUCAGAAAUUAAGUUUUUCAUAUAUUUGAUGAUAUCUCUUGUAUAAUAUAAUAUUUCUGUUUUAUAUAAUGUGAGAAUAAAUGAAUAUGAUUGUGAAUCU